ACAUUCACAAAGUUAUCAAAUCUAACUCGCACUCUUCAUUUUCACUAACCAAUGAAGAGAUAGCUGGUGGCUAUCUUGACUGUAGACACCUUUCAGAUAAUCAUGAACCGAGUAAGGAACAGAGCACAAAAGAAGAGGCACUUACUUAUAUUGUUCACUCCCCCCUCUCUUUUCAUUGCACACUUUCUCUAAUGGCUUCAACCGUUGGCCAAAACUCCAACAUGAGAAUCAAAUUCACAAGCGUGAAAGCACUAGCUGAAUCACCAGACCUCACCUCAAUUCCACCUUCAUACACCUUCACCACCAACCGUGAUGAUGAAACAGUGGCAGCAGACCCAGGUGAUGAUGAUCCAAUCCCAGCCAUUGAUUAUUCCCUUCUGGUCCACGGAACACCAGAUCAACGGCUCAGGACCAUCCAUGAUAUGGGCAAGGCUUGUGAGAAAUGGGGACUCUUCAUGCUGGUAAAUCAUUCUGUGUCAAAGAGCCUUGUGGAGAAGAUGGUUGAUGAGGUUUUUGCUUUUUUCAAUCUUAGAGAGGAGGAGAAGCAGGAGUAUGCAGGUAAUAAGGAUGUGAUGGAGCCUAUAAGGUAUGGCACCAGCUUCAAUGUUGCAAUGGACAAAGUCUUGUUCUGGAGGGAUUUCCUUAAGAUUGUGGUGCAUCCAGAAUUUCACUCACCAGACAAACCACUUGGGUUCAGGGAAACAUCAGUAGAGUACUGCAGAAGAACAUGGAAAGUGGGAAAGGAACUACUCAGAGGAAUAUCAGAAAGCUUAGGAUUGGAAGUCAACUACAUAGACAGAAAAAUGAACCUGGAUUCUGGUUUGCAAAUGCUGGCAGCAAAUUUGUACCCCCCUUGUCCUCAGCCUGAGCUUGCAAUGGGAAUGCCCCCACAUUCUGAUCACGGCCUCUUGAACCUCUUCAUUCAGAACGGAGUUAGUGGCCUUCAAGUUCUUCACAAUGGCAAGUGGAUCAAUGUUAGUUCCACUCCAAACUGCUUCUUAGUUCUUGUAUCUGAUCACCUUGAGAUUGUGAGCAAUGGAAAGUACAAAAGUGUGAUGCAUCGAGCACUUGUUAGCAACAAAGCUACAAGAAUGUCUUUGGCAACAGUUAUUGCACCAUCCUUGGACACUGUAAUUGAACCAGCUUCAGAGCUGCUAGACAAUCAGAGCAAUCCAGCAGCAUAUGUUGGCAUGAGACAUAGAGAUUACAUGGAACUUCAACGAAGCAACCAGCUUUAUGGGAAGUCUGUGCUGAACAAAGUUAAAAUAUGAAUGAUCAUCUUAAGUGUGGCCUUUGAGUAGUUAUAUGCAAGGAACUUAAGGUUGGUGACAAAGUAAAAUAAAGUUAGUUUGGGAUUAAGCCUUCUUCGAAAAUAAAAACUUCAAAACUUUGUAAAAUACAGUUAACUUACAAAGUUUUCUGCUAGCAAUACGCAUCUAAUAUGCAUCUUACAGUUUUCUGC